CUCGCAACGUAUACGUCAACCUACCAGCCGACCAAAUUACUGCCGUAAUUGUGCGUAACAGCAUGGUGAAAAUACAGAAAUGCGACAAAUGCGUUCGUCUCGGUCCGUCUACGUUUUAUUGCAUCGACGGGUAGAGGACCGUACUGUUGGAAGUUCAUUCUUGUAAUUACUUUCGUGCGUGGGCGUCAAAUUGUAUUAACCGUAUUAAAUGCAUCGUGGUUGGCGUUGUCAACUGAAUUCCGUACAGUGUAACGACGCACACGCGUCGUUGACGGUGCGAUACGCUCGUGUUAUCUUCUCUUCGAAGGGAAGGCUUGACACCUCGUUCAUCCCCUUGUUCGUGACGGCGACGUUUGUCUCAGGCAAUGUGAAGUAUUUGUUUUAUAAAUGACGUGGAGAUCGGUGUGCACGGGCCUGCAGAUAGAUAGGUAUAUACAUGUAUUUGUGUAUGUGUACGUGUACGUGUACGUGUGCAUAUGUGUUAGGUAUAAUGGUGGUGAGGGGUCAGUCGCGUGUCGGCGCGGCAGAUCUGCAAUGCGGCGUUACCGUUGAGACCGUUGAUUCACAAAACCCUUCUUCCUACGUUGAUUAUGUAUCGUGUAUGUGUGCUACGGUACGUCGGUGUGCACAUGUGCGUGUGAGUAAGGGGUGCGGUGAGGGGUGCCGAGCAGCACGCGCGCGCCAAAUGCGGUUACACGCACGUAUACACGCGCGCGUAUCCCCGUCACAAACACAUCCACCGUCCACUUCGCGUUAGUUUUUGACUGCAAAUGUUGGAUUUAUCAGGAGAGGUCACGAUUUUCGUCUACGUUUUGUACAUCUUAAUUCGGGAACGGUGAAACAGUAAUGUUCGCAAGACUGGUUGUUUAAAUUUGUGGUUUCUACUAUGACUCUCACAUGUAAGACAAAAUAGAAAAUCACACGAAAUUUUGGACGAUUCUUUUAAUUCCCUGUAACGGUCCAACAACAUUGGAAAACUAUUUGCAGUUCAGUAACUUAUGUCCAAGAUUCUUUCUUGUAAUUUUGGCAAAGCCUGUUUGCUUGGUACCUAUCUAUAUAAGAAGAAUCAGAUACAUCACAAAACAUGGAUUCCGCAAUCGUUCAGUCCUGCAGUUUCGUUAAGAGUAGACUUAGAGGGUGAGACGUACGCAUGCGUCGUUGACAAUACGGAAGGCAUCUGUCCAUAGUAACACAUUUUGAUAAUCUUCAAAUCGUUAUUUUAUCAGCCACCCCUCGCGUUUCCGACAACGAAGGAACGUGUAUCAGGGACGAAUAAACCGUAAUCAUCAAUCAGAUAAAGUCGCAGCAAUAAUCACAAUAAUCUCCAAUUAACUCGAUUAUCAUUUACCAGAAUCUCAAUUGUUUAAAUCUCGUCGUGAUACCGUGGUUAUCCAAAAUAUUUAUAACAAUUCCAGAUAUCCAACGAGCACGCGGUUUGCCUGCAUUUCUACCGCAGCUUUACAGUCCAGACGUAAUGACGAUGGUUUCUUGGCGGUUAUUCCACCCGCGGGGUACGAGGGUGCGAGGGCGAAUAACGUCGGGGCUGGGAGUACUCGCCGCGCGGUUUCGCGAGUCCGCGCGUCGCGUCGCGGUGCCGCGUUCAUGCGCCCUUCGUCGUGCGCAGUCACAGGGGAUGGAACGCGACUCGCGCUCGGGGGGUUGCUUGUUCAUCGCUUGCGCCUCUCCGCUUCCGCCGGGGAAGGUGGGAAUCGAGCAGCGGGUUGUCCGAGUGCGGGCGCAGCGUCUGCCUAUCGCGCGCAGGGAGCACGACGCGCUCGCUCGUCGCCCUCGUCGCUCUCUCUCUCUCUCCCCGUGUGACCCCCGGUUUUUACUGAUGUUCCGUUCGGGAUUUGCGUGUGUUCCUUUAUGAAAGCUCGUUAUUGCCGUGCCGCGCCGCACGAUUGCCUCGAGGACACGCAUCUAUGCUCGGACCCGUCUCGCGGCCGUCUGAUAAUAUGUCCCUUAUCGUCGCGCGCGUUACGUGACCCGCGAUACGGCGCGCGUAACCGGAGUCUCACGCGGCCGCAACGGGCACCGGUGGACGGUCUUGCGUGACGCUGCGGGAAUCGGGGUGGCCGAUGAUGGAUGAUCGCAAUGCGAGACAGUAGCACCCUUCCGCUGCAGCGCGAUUGUUGCUCCGACCGCACCGCUUUGCGAUACCUCGGUGCCGGCGUGCACGGCCGAUGCCAGUAGAAGUCGCGUCACAUAUCUAGCUUCAUAUCGACCAUUCGUCUAACUAGUUCUCGUAGUUCGCUGCAAACCGUCUCGCUCGCCGACGGUACCUCUAGCUGGCUAGACUCGCACUCGACGAAUCGCGAACCCUGCUGCUGCGUUACCCCAAACCAAACGCGAGCGCGGACUACUGUGCCGAUUAUCUACGGAAGCUGUGAAGUUAAUGCUCUUCAAAAAAAAAAAAAUAAAAAAUAAAAAUAAGUGGUGCCUAAGCGUGAUUCGAUAACGAGGGGAGAGAAAUUAAUCAGUGCCUACGCGUCGUACGUGCAAUAAUUUCGCGACACGACCCGACGAUCCUCUUCGACUCGGUCGAUUCCACUAAUCUGUACAUACAUUUUCGGAUACGGUUGCGAUAUGCAAGUUAUUUACCGCGCGCCGAGUAUCGCGCCUGAGUACCAAAGCAAACGGAAAGCGCACAAAGCGAGCGAACAGACGGAGGAGGCUUUGCGGUAGAAUACGACAGAGUCGCGCGAGAAAUUCAGUAAACACGUUUUAAACGGAUAUGGUUGCCGCAUUACGAGUAUAGUAUGUACUGAGUCCGUACGUGGUACCUACACCAUAGCGGCCUCUUACGCAUACCUCCGAAGUGUUCCGAUAGACCGAAAUCAGUUUUACCGAGAUCAGUGAUGUCGCGAUUAAUGCUGUGCAAUCUUGGCACUACCUCGACAGCGGGAAAUGAUACGAACAACAACGCGAACACGAACAGCAGCAUGGAGGACGACGAUUCUUAUCCACUGCCUACAAUUUAUCGCUGCCGUGCACCCAUAGCAAGUCUCGAUUGCAUGGAAGAGUUCAACGGCGGCGGCGGCGGAGGUGGCGGAGGCGGCGGUGCAGACUCGGGCGUGCACUGCAGCAACACGACCGGCACAAAAGAGCAGCUACUAACUAGCUGCAUUGCCGCACAAGCGCAACGUUUGCAGCACCCCUCGCCAGGUAUUCGCUACCGCAACUUGGGCAAAAGCGGUCUACGUGUUUCCAAUGUUGGAUUAGGAACAUGGACCACUUUCGGCGUGGGCGGAUGCGGCAGCGAGGAGACCGCGGAGGCCGUCGUGGCGCUCGCCUACGACAGCGGAAUUAAUGUGUUUGACUUGAGCGAGGCUCACAGCGGGCACCGCGCGGAAAUCCAGUUCGGUCGUAUCUUGCUGAGGCGCGCCUGGAAUCGUUCCAGUUAUGUCGUCACGACGAAAAUUUACUGGAACACCAAGACCGAGGGUCGCGGGCUAUCGCGGAAACACAUUAUCGAGUCCGUGCAAGCUUCGCUCGUCAGGCUGCAACUGUCGUACAUCGACAUUGUCAUGAUCCACAAAGUCGAUCCAAUGUGUCCGAUGGAAGAGAUUGUUCGCGCUAUGAAUUACGUUAUAAGCAAAGGUUGGGUAAUGUACUGGGGUACGUCGCGAUGGUCACCCGUAGAAAUCAUGGAAGCCUACACGAAUUGUCGGCAAUUUAAUUGCGUGACGCCAAUCGUCGAGCAAGCGGAGUAUCAUCUGUUUUAUAGAGAGAAACCUGAGCUUUAUAUGACAGAAUUAUAUAAUAAAAUUGGUGUCGGUUUAAUGGCAUGGUCCACCGUUACUAUCGGAAUGGUUUCUUCAAAGCCGGAAGAUUGCGGAGUUUCAUUCCUUUCGAGAUCCUCUUACAAAAAUAAAUACUCUUCGUUUAGUUGGACGGAGGAUGAAACUCAAUCUUUGUACAAGGAGGAGUACGCGUGGAAAGACAAAUCCGCCGACGAAGAGACUCGGAAAUACUCAGACAAGUUGCGAGAUGUAUGCGCUUUGGCCGAAAGAUUGGGAUGUUCCUUCGGGCAACUGGCCAUCGCGUGGUCUUUAAAGAAUGAAAGUGUUCAGUGCCUUCUACUCGGUGCGUCCAAUAUAGAUCAACUGUACGAGAGUCUCCAAAGUCUACAGCUCAUCCCAAAGUUGAAUGCGAACAUAAUGAGUGAAAUCGAGAGGAUUCUUGACAACAAACCGUCCCGACCACCAAUGAUAUCCACCCUGGCGCUUAGAUGACAAUCGAUGUGCCCUCACGGUAGCGGUGGGGGCUCCGUGGAGGAAGCGGGCAGUCCGAAGAGCGAGGGCGGUAACAGCCAGGAUCAGGAGCAGACCAAGGAAGUGAACAAUAAGUUGCCCUUCUGCGAGAUACAGUGAAACGCGGAUGGCAACGUCCAUCUCGUUGCCGCGGUAUUGUCAAGCUCGAGGACCGACGCGUCCACGUCCACUUCGCAUUCUCUUCGGUCGCGGCGUAGUACAUCGUGUGCAUGUACACACGACACAAGUCAAUGACAAUACUUACCAAUAACUCAACGAGAGUAACAUCCAGGAAAUUUGCCGCGACCCGGCGACAACACUCGGAGGCGCCCGUUCUCGGAUAGCAUCUCCUCACGCGUGAUUUGUAUCUCUCGUCGCAUGUCACGUGGACACUCGUAGAUGUAGAAGAUAUAAACGCGAAUAUCGCCGCGAAUCUCUCUCGUUAACAAAAUCGUAUGCCGCGCUUUCGAAAGCACCUCGGAGCAACUAGGCUUGUAAGCCUCCGUAGGUCUCUCUAUCUCUUCCUCUCUCGGCCGGAGAGCUCUAUCGUCGAGAGAGAGGUUUCCAUUCGCGAUCCAAGUGUUCAUUAUUACUAGCGUAAAAUAAUCCCGUUUGCUACACUCAUAGUGAGUAACCAGGAGCGCCAAGUAUCUCGAGUGUCCACCGAAACACGUUCGUUCUGCCACUUACCGGAUCGAGUAAGAGCGAUUUGCGGAUAAUUAACUCGGACGACAUUAUAGCACGUCGGUUAUCAUCUAAGAGUUACGUCAUAGGUCAUAAGAGUUUAUUCAAGGAUGAUAUUACCAGCAGCGCUGCGUUUUAAAUACUCUCGUUCGUAAUGCGGUGCACCACUUCAUUAACUUCGUAUCCGAUACGCGUUUCUUUCGCUAUGACUAACUACAGCUUCGGUUUUCCACUAUUUCGGCUAACUAACUUUUUUCUCUACUUGCCACUAUUUCUCUUUUCCUAUCCUAUUCUUUUUUUAAUUUAUUUGAAGCUCAAGAAUAAUUAAUUGCCGAUACGUAGGGUGCCAGUUUUCAAUAAAACGGAGGAUAAAUAUAAAUAUAGUUAGCUACAAGCUUUUCGUUCAUACGAAAAGAUAGGAAAAUGCUUGCUUUCAGAAUAGAUAUCGUACUGGCGGGUGAAUGCAGUCGACGCGCAAAUUGUAUUGGUUGAGAAUUGCGUUGAAGGGAUGAAGAUUGUAAAGCGGAGGAAGAAUAUAAUUAUUAAAAAUAAUUAUAAGUAAUGAUCCUGAUGAUUAGCCAAGUAAGAAUUAGAAUAAAUCGAAAAAUGAGCGAGAAGUCAAAGUUUAUGAGCGUGGUAAGCCAGCGAGCUGCUGAUUCGAAACCUGAUUCACCCUCCAGUCUCAUUUAUUCAGCAUGCUAUUUCUUCGGACAUAAUCAAUUUCUUAGCGAUUACGUAUCGCGCAUUCGAGAAAUUUUUACGGACCUUUCCUGAAAUACGUGGCACGACUGCCGUGCGUUAAGUACCUCUACUCGCGAGCUCAGUCAAACCCAAAUGUAAAUUAUCGCGCGAAUAUACGAUAGAGGAACCAUUGAAGAGCCGGACGUUAUGUACAAAAAAAAGAUCUCUUUACUUCAAUAGAUAACAAUUUCUAUGAAAGAGCAUUUGUUUGUUUCUCGCCCACAAUAAUUCUCCGCUUCAUUUACGAUUAAAGUGCGAAAUAUCAUAUUUAUUUAAGAGGAAUAUGCAAGCUUCGUAGUAUACUCUUAAUGUAUCGACACAUCUGAACACAUUAUUUUGCGUAAUCGAUUUAUCUUGCUGAUUCCCCUGUGCUAAUACGACGGGGAGUUACCAGCAGGCGCGCAUCGUGUUUUCAUGAUCGAACUUUGCUUUAUCAAUCGCUCGAGACAUUGCUCAAGUAAAACAGAUUGCGAGAAAGUUUCUUACGCAAAAAUUCGCUCACAUUUAUUACUUACUCGCAUGUUACAACAUAAUACACAUAUAUAUGAGGAAAAAAAUAUAAAAUGAUUUAAUCAUGCACUUAUUUCUAGUACUUUGUCAAGUACGCUAUUUUGCGUUGCUUUAUGCGUUAUAUUCUUACGCGUAAUAUAAAUUGGACUUAUAUUUUUAUAUGUGCGUGUGCAGGGAUUUUCUCCGCGCUCUGUACACAUAUUGACAUUCCGCUUAAUCUUGUCAACCCGAUUAUCGAUGAUAAAUGCGAGCCCCUCGGGAAUGUACGAUGUCGAAUGUGCUCGAGGAAAAGAAGAUAAUGGAAGCUGCCACUACGCUUUUAUCGCGUGCAAUACGGUUUCUCCAAGAGCCAGACCUUUGUCCACAAAAAUGUUAUAUAGAUACUAUAUAACAUAAUAAUAAUAAUAACGUGUAUAAUAACGUGAGAGAAAGAGAUUUUCUCUCUUUCUCCUUCACUCUAUCUCUUUCUCUCUCCAUACAGUGCAAAUAUUUGAACGUGAUAAAGUUAGAGGAACAAAUUUCCAUUCGUAAAGCAAAUAUCGCGCGCAGUAUCGAGAUAUGUAGGCUGCAUAUGCUUUAAUCGAUACAUAGCGAUCGGAGGACGUUGAGCGAUGAUCAUCACCGACGUGAGUCGUAUUAUUUACAUUGUUUUUUACAUUUCUUAAUAUUUACCGGCAACAUGAAAAAUGCUGACGGCAAACAUAGGAAUUGCUCUUGUUGCCGUUUUGUCCUAUAUUGUCUGCGAUCAAUAAACUCGGUGGAAAUUAGGAAUAACGAAUAUAUUGGCUUUGGUAUCUAAAGUGUGCCUGAAAGCGCGUGCCUGAAACUCAAUUCAGCGGUGUAGUUUCAGCGGAGCCGGAAAGAUAACUGCCUAUUGACGGCACCUUAUCAUCUUGUAAAAAAGUAAAGUAGUGAGACGGCAAACAAACAAAAUGCUAUUAAUUCGUUGGUCAUAAAUAUCAUUUUAAUGUCAUGAAUUUUUUAUGUAAAUGUUUGCGUCGCUUUACAACUGCUAUUAGGUGAUAUUCAGAACGCGAUUGAUCGUAAAAAUUAUAUUUGUGGAGAACGGUUUUAUUUGUAGCUAUUAUUGUGUCAUGAUUUUUAUGGUUUUUAUUCUAUUUGUUAUUUAUAACUUCGUGUCAGUAUUUUACGUUGAUCAAUGUUUAAUCGAAAUCAAACUACGUCAAAUAAUAUUCUAAUAUUAUAAUUAAGACGUUUUAACUUUUAUGAUGUUUUAAACAAGGCAAAAUUUAUUGCUAUUUUAUGUUAUAUUUAAUGUUUUUUUAAUAGAGAUUAAUAUCUUAAUAAAACAUCAGUAUUAAUAGUAAAAUAUUGAAGUAGAUUGCAUAAUAAUCCAAGGAAUAAUACGAAUAUGGGCCAUAAGUCUAAAAUCAAAGCUACUUUAAUUAAAAUUAGUUCCAACAUUUGUACAUUUCUUUUAUAAUUCUUAGUUCAUUCUGUAGAUAUUUUUUAUAUGAAUUACAUUAAUAUUUCUUUUACUUAACUUGAUAUAUUAAUCACAGAAAAUAAUUGUAUAAAUAAGUUGAUUUAUUCAAAAAACAGAGAUCUGCAUUAAUCUGUAUGCAUUAUAUCACGUUUAAUAAAAAUUAUGCUAUUUUUUUUGGAGUUUCGUAUGCGUAUGCGCAAUUUUAUAUAUACAUGUACCAUAAUUUAUUUCAAGAAUAAGAGAAAUGUACAGGACGUCAGCGUGGCCUAUUGCGUUCCCUCCAACGUCUACUUACCGUCGCCUAUUUACCUCUCGCAAACAGAUAAAUAGAUCUCGUUGAUCGCCGUACAGGCAAGUCCAUCUUAUGUUUAUGCUGUAGGAAAAAAGUAUAGCAAUAUUACAACGCCACAGUAAAGCAAUAUCUGAAGUAAAA